AAGAUAGGCGAGGUGAGUUAUGGGGUACCAGACAGUAUCAGUGAGUCUUCAGAUGGCGGAGCUUCCUCUACUGUUCUUGUUGGUGCUCGGUUUGUUUACGCAAUGUACUCUGGGGAGGGUACAGGUGAAGGGGAUCUACCUGACGAAGGCCGGACAGCAGCAGCAGUACAUGAACCUGGGAUCUGAGGACUUGAACUACCAACUGGAGUGUCACAUUGAGGGCGACCUCUCGGCCAUCGUCAACGUCACCUGGUCUCUCGACAAGUGGGGCGUCGUGUACACCUGGGUACCUGCCACCCGCUCCGUUGCAGUCAUGUUCCCGCUGAAGGAGCACGUGAGGACCCCGGGCGAGGGCGUGGAGGUGGGCCCGGAUAUACAGUUCACCUCCCCUGAUGUCUCCAUGCACGGCCUCUACACCUGCAGCGUCUAUCACACGGCUACCGACCUGGUCGUCAACCCCGUCAGCGACCAGUACAGCCUUCAGAUGUACGCCUUUUUCCAGGAGGAGUACAGCCUAUCCGCGAGGGUGGAGAGGUGCACCGUGUACUGGAGCUACAGUACCCCGCGCAUGUACCCGAAGCCUGAGGUGCAGUGUGGCUUCUGGGACACCUCCUCCGGGGUGCUGGUCAAGGAGGUGCGGGGAGGUCUGGUCUUCCACCAGGACCUCAACUUCGUCUGGCAUGUCUUCGUCCAGGACACGCCCAUAGAGGUAAGGGACGCCCCCCGCGGCACCAGCUUCCACUGCACCACCCGGGUGACCAUCGCUAACUACACGCGCCACACACACUUGCCCACCAACUCCACCACCCAGCUGGUCUACGACACAAUUGAGGACGAAGGGUGCCCGGUGCUCCCGGCACUGGCUGAGCACAUGGACGUCAGGGUGGACGGGUGUCGUCUCAACUGUCGAGGAGAGUGCCACCAGGCUGGUUCACAGCCCGUCACCGCUGAGUACCGGUGUGACCCUGGAUACUGGUCGUACUGGGAGGCGGACAACUCUCUUAGACGUCACUGGCGUCUGCUGAUCAGGUGUGACGAGGCACGACGCACCUGGGUCUCAGAGGACGGCUCUCAGACACUGGACAUGCCAUUUUGCAUGUCCAGAGGGACAGCUGGCGCGUCCUGCAGCGUCUUCAUCCUAGGACUUGCCGCUCUAAUCUCCUGCCUUCCUUGGACGCCGACGCCCGUCACGCACCCAUAAGUCUCUGGUCGUCUGACGUCUCACUCUCGUCUACGUACUCCUGCAUUCAUGCUCUAGUUCCUCACAGUCUAGAGUCUAGUUCCUCACAGAAGCUGUAACGUCUCGCGUCUUGUCAGUUCUAAUACAGAACUCGAGUACGCUGUUGGGCCACAGUGUGGUCUGUGAUACACAGAAGUGGUUCUGUAACCGUCUAUAGUGUAUCUCUUGCCUGGUAACCCAUAUAUAUAGUAAAAUUGUGAGUUUUGA